GCAUGAAUUAAUGGCACCGACAGGUUCUGUCAAGUUCCAGCCGUUUGGUCUCGGGAAGCGUAAUUGUCAUCGUGACAGCAUCGACAUUAAACCCGAUGAUGGGCAGGAACCGAUUGAAGAGUUGUUUCUAUGCGCGCCUUCAACCCAUCAGAGUGGAGGGUGCCAAGAGAAGGCGAACCUGUUUCGGGGGCAUGAGAUGUUUAUACGGUGCAUAAUACAUGAGAUACAAGAAUGUCGGAGGAGACGUGGAAUCGACUAGGAUCAGCUUCAGCUUGGCUGCAGCUCGACGAUGGAACCACCACAACGCGACAAGACAGUCCAGCCGAUGUCAAGCACCCAGUUCGACCUCGAGGCUCAAGCACAAGACUCGAUUCCACCCCCAAGAACUCCUACUCCAAGCGUACGGACCAAAGGCUCCUCAGUGGGGACCGCUUUGGUACGAACAUGGACAGAGGGGAGCGAAAAGCAGACGGGCAGCGCGAAGGAUAGCGAGCCUAGCCUUGCAAUGCCGUGGCUAGAUGCACGGCCUACUCUGCAGCAUCCAGCGAGUCCUCCGGAUGAACAGAACGCAUUACUUGCUUUGCCCCCUCCGCCUUCGUACGACGUCGUCGUCACCAACCUCUCCAUUGCCAUUCCUACAUUCUGCGCACACAUCCCCACGCCCAUCCCAAUCCCCAUUCCUCGGGCUGUCACCGACACUGUCCGCAGAUGGAACUCGAAGGAUAAAGAGUCUAACGCGAAUGUCACUGGCAGCGCCGGCGACGGGCUCAUCAUCCGCAAUGUUAACGCCGUCGUCCACCGCGGAGAGGUCAUGGCCAUCAUCGGCGGGUCUGGGUCGGGGAAAACAACGCUGCUGCACGCUAUGGCUGCCCGACUCAGGGAUCUACCCAUCGCCGAGGGACAUGUUUCGAUCACUCCGUCUCACAGCGGGGGACAAGAUGGUGCGCACCCUAAGGGCGGCGAGGGUCACUUCAAAGGCAUGAGCAAGGUCGUCGGUUUCGUGAAACAGCACGACUACCUUCUGCCUCAUCUUACGGUCAGAGAGACAUUGACCUAUGCCGCAAAGUUGCGGUUGCCUUCUUCUGUCGACAGCGAAACAAGACGCCUGAUCGUCGAACAAACGAUUCAAGAGCUCGGUCUUGCAGAUGCCGCGAACACGAUGGUAGGCGGCGCAGGCCGGAAGGGGAUCUCCGGUGGGGAAAAGCGUCGGCUGUCUAUUGGCUGUGUCCUUGUUAGUUUCCCAUCCGUGAUUAUUCUCGAUGAGGUUACGACCGGUCUCGAUUCAUUCACCGCGUUCCAGCUCCUUGAGACCCUUGAUCGCCUAGCGAAACGCGGGCGUACAGUCAUUCUGUCGCUGCACCAGCCGCGAUCCGACGCCUUCACGCUAUUUUCCCGUAUUCUUCUAAUGUCGCAUGGAUCAGUCGUCUACUCUGGUCGCACAGGAGACUGUCUACCCUAUUUCUCUCAGCUCGGCUUCCAGCCCUCGGAACGGACCAAUCCGCUCGAUUUCUUGAUCGACGUCUCGAGCAUUGACACACGGGACGAAGACAACGAGCGCGAGAGCAAAGAACGCCUCAAUCGGCUUGUCCAGUGCUGGAGGGAGAAGGAGGCUAUUGAUGCCGAGAGGAACGUGCGAGACGCUCGUGGUCGCACAUCAAACUGCCUAUCUCACUUCUUACAACUCGGCUACCAGCACCCGGAACGCGCCAAUCCGCUCGAUGUCCGGACCGACGCCUCCAUCGUUGACAUACGGGACGAAGACAAUGAGUGCGAGAGCAAAGAGCUCCGCCUUGAUCAGCCUGUGCAGUACUGGGGGGAGAAGGAGACUAUUGAUGCCGAGAAAGACGUGUUAGGCGGCCCGCCGUUCCCUGGACUCGGAGCUUCUUCUACGACGCUAGACUCAGAGAAGCCGGCUGUCCAUGUGUCUCCGACAACAACGACCAGCAAGCGUCCCAAUGUACUCCAACAAACUACUAUCCUCGUUCCCCGCGCAUUUCGUAACAUGACCCGCGGUUAUCUGGAACUUGUUGGGCACUUCCUGCAGGCCAUCCUCGUGGGUUUACUCAUGGGCGUCACUUACUUCCAGCUUGGCGACCAGCCGAACGACAUUCAGAGCCUGAAGAGCCUCGCAUUUCAGGUGGUGCCAGCAUACGCCUAUUUGACUCAGAUCGUUUGGACGUUCAAAUGGUGCAAUUCACUCGUCGUCUUCGACCGGGAACAAGAAGACAGCUUGUAUUCGCCUGUGGCGUGGAUUCUGUCUGAAUUCAUUGCGUGGCUGCCCAUGAACGUCAUUGCCCCCUCUAUAUUCUCGAUCUUGGUUUACUUCAUCUCCAACAUGCGUCGAGACGAUCUACAUUACAACCUCGGCAUAUUCAUCAUCGAUAUGGUCUUGGUCCAACUUUCCCGAAUCGCGUGGUCGCUGUUUUCAGCUAGCAUCGAGCGUAGCUUCGCACGGGCAUCAGUUCUCGGGAACGUUCCUUCCAUCUUCUUCAGCCUUUCCCCAGGCUACUUGGUCGUCAACGUCCCAGGCUGGAUUCGCUGGUUCCGCUGGAUCUCCCCUCACUUCUUCUCCUUCCGCAUCGUCGUCAUCUCCCAGUUCCGCAACCGCACAUUCUCCUGCCAAGGCGUCACCGGCCCCGCACUCGCACAGUGCUCGGGCAACAACGUGCUCCGUGGCCUGCGCAUCUCACCCACGGAGCCACUGUGGCCGAUGUUCCUCGGCAACCUGGGAUUCCUGCUUGUCAUCACAGCCUUCUCGUGCUUCUUGCUUACGGUGUGGAAGCCCGGCGGUGCGCGACACGCGCAGCGCGUUGCGAGCGAUGUCAAGGGCAAAGAGAUCAGCGAGGCGGAGAUCGACAUCGUGCGGGCGCGCGUCGACGUCACCGCCGAGCACGUCGGACUCUUCCAUGUCCGCCGGACGCUUCCAUCGUUCAAGCGCGUCGAGACGCCGAUCCUGGCAGAUGUUAGUGCGCGGUUUCCGAGCGGUGAGGUAUCGGUGAUCAUGGGACCCAGCGGGUCGGGGAAGAGUACGUUCCUGCGGAUGUGUGCUGGGUGGCCGAUAAAGGGUGGGCUACUUAGCUCGUUUGAGGGGCAUGGAGAGAUCAAGCUCAAUGGUGUACCUGUAUCGAGCCGCACAAGACAUAUAUGUGCCUUCGUAGAGCAAGACGACGACUAUCACCUGCCAGCGUUGACCGUACGAGAGACGCUCCGGUUCGCGGCGAUGAUCAAGCUGCCCAGCACAGUCAGUCGCAAGCACAAGAUCGCUCGUGCGGAAGAAGUUCUGAGGAUGCUCGGUCUUCGGGACUGUGCUGAUGGAAUGGUCGGCGGCGAGUUACUGAAGGGGAUAUCGGGUGGAGAGAAGCGCAGGCUAUCGUUAGCGUGUCAAAUGAUCAAUGACCCCGCGGUACUCAUUAUUGACGAACCCACCAGCGGUCUGGAUGCCAACACAGCGCGAAACGUGAUGGAAGCCCUUCAGGGUAUCGCCCGCAGUGGGCGGACUGUGAUAGCAUCCCUGCACCAGCCCCGCAGCGACAUCUAUAACAUGGUCGAUAACUUCGUAGUUCUAGCCAAGCAAGGGAACGUUGUCUAUCAAGGUCCUCGAGAGCAACUACUUCCCCAUUUUGCGUUGGUAGGCUACGUCUGCCCUCCGUUCUACAAUCCGUCGGACUAUUGUAUGGAUUUAAUCUCGGUCGACGUACGUGGACAAGCUAGGCAAGAACAGACUUCGGCUCGUGUCAAGUUCUUGGUCGAGUCCUGGAAGACCCGACAAGACAAAAUGCUUGAUUACGCAGCUAGCAAAUCCGCCACCUCCAAAGAAGCAGUCGCCGACAUACCUAUAGAGCUAGAAGAUCGUCCGGAGUACACGCCCAUAUGGAUUGCACUUCCUGUCGUCCUCGAUCGAACAUUCCGCAACAGCUGGAGACAGCCGGAUAUCUUCUGGACCAGGUGGACCCAGGCCCCGAUCCUAGCUAUCUGUUUCUUCUUAUUCUUCCUGCGACUGUCCAACGGUCCAACGGGUGCUCAAGACCGCAUUGGUCUGGUUGAAGAAUGUACCACCACGCUUGCUUAUGCCGGCUUCGCUAACUUGGCUGCACUCUACCCGAUGGAGAAGACCGUCUUCUUCCACGACUACAAAUCGGCUGGUGGGCGGUAUUCGAGCGCCACAUUUAUCACGGCAUUCACCAUCUUCGCUAUCGUCCCUGAGUUCAUCUCCGCCCUUCUGUUUUCCGUCAUCAUGAACGUCGCUACGGGUAUGCAAAGCAACGCACGGAUCUACUUCGAAUUUACUGUUUCUGUCUGGAUACAGCUCAGCUUCGGCGAGAGUGUCGGUAUCGCCUUCGCGUCGUUCUUCGACACCAUGGGCCUUUCCAUGUCCCUCGUCUCCGUCUUCCUCGUUGUCGGCUCGCAGGCUAGCAGCAUCCUUUCCGCGUCGAUUGCUAGAUUUCUCCAGGAUAUUGCGUGGAUCUUCCCGAUGAAGUACGGAGCGCGAACGCAGCUCAUCAACGAGAUGCAGGGAAAGGUGUUCAACUGUCCGCCAGAUACCAUUACGAACGGCGAGUGUACUGCCGCGACUGGACAGCAAGUGUUGGACUUGUUCGGAUUCCAUGCUAGCACUUGGCACCUUGUCCUUAUAUCCAUCGCAGUCAUUAUAGGAUACCGCGUUGCCACCUGGGGUAUCCUAUCUGUGAGAAUGCGCUAUAUUUGAUA